GAUCCUAAAACUGAAUAUUGCAUGAUGUUGUGGGCUCUGAAUGUUGCAGUAUUGAACGCUGGGAUUUAUAAAAGCCCGUAUCAGGUCACCAUCACCCUGCUUAAUGAUUAAUAGGAGGAGGCCUAUAAAGAACUGUGGGCUUCUGACUGUAAGAGCUGUGAGGACCAUAGCAGUCUUAGUCUAAAGAAGCAACUAUGAAUCAGCUUGUGCUGUUGCUCCUUUUGGCAUCAUCUCAUUCCUUCCCUACAGAACCCAGCGUUCCUGAACAACACACAGAGAGCCGCAUACGCUUUGCUGCUCUGGACGAAGUCCGACUUUUAGCAAACGGCCUCCUACAGCUGGGCCAUAGCCUCAGGGACUUUGUGCAGAAUACCAAGAAUCAAAUCAAUGAUAUUUUCCAAAAGCUUAAUGUCUUUGACAAGUCCUUCUACCAACUUUCUGUGCUGGCCAGUGAGAUCAAGGAGGAGGAGGAGGAACUGAAGAAGACCACCGUGAUCUUAAAGGCAAAUAAUGAGGAAAUAAAGAGUCUGUCAUGGGAGAUUAACUCCAAAGUGGAAGAUAUCAUAAAAGAGAGGACGCAUCUGAGGAGACAGGUGGGCGGCUUGGAGGAGAAGUUAAGCAGUCUGUCCAAGAGUUUGCUCUCAGCUGAGCCGGUGGCUGAAAUCUCCACGCUAAAGGAGAUAAUCCUGACCCAAGAAAAGAGCAUCACUGAUCUGCUGAAGGCUGUGAGUGAACAGAGCGAGCAGCUCAACAACCAAAGGACCAAAAUCAAGGGUCUGGAAAAUAAACUCAACUCUGCACAUCUCCAGGAAACCGAUGAAAAUUUAGACAAGCACCAAAGCAACAGCCUCUCAGGAUAUCUACCGUACUCCACAUCUGAUGGGAGCUUCUCAAGCGAUCUUCCAAAAGACUGUGCCGAGGUCUUCAGCCGAGGACAGAAAUCCAGCGGCCUUUAUGUUAUUAAACCUGACGAGUCACAACCGUUUCUUGUGAAAUGUGAAUUCACUGAGGAGGGAGUGUUCACUGUCAUCCAGCGCAGACAUGACGGCUCUGUGGACUUCGACCAGUCCUGGGAGAAGUACGAGGAUGGAUUUGGGGACUUCAGCAGUGAGUUCUGGCUUGGGCUAAAGAAGAUCUAUGCCAUUGCCCGUCAGGGACACUCACUCCUGCACGUUCAGAUUGAGGACUGGAGGAAGGAGAAGCACUUUUUUCUUUUACAGUACAUCCUGGAAGACGCCGUCUUCAACUACACUAUCCAUCUGAAGCUGCAGACUGGAGAGUCCAGCUCUGCUCUGGAGGAACACGCUGGCUUCAGGUUCUCCACCAAAGACCACAACGAUGGAAACCCUGAUCCGAAGUGCGCUCAAGACUACACAGGUGGAUGGUGGUUUAGCGUUUGCGGCGACAUUAACCUGAAUGGCAAGUGUAUUCAGAGCAGACCUCGUAAAAAGGGAACCCACUGGAAACCUGGCAGAGGAACCACCAGCUUCAAGGCCUCAAAAAUCUCCAUUAGUCAUCUCACAAAGCCACAAACCCCUUAAUAUCAACAGUAUGAGCAGAGGAACAGCAUUGCAUUCAUGCUGAACAAUUGCAUCUUGGUUUUUACAAAGUAACUGUUUAACGGACAUGAUACAGUUUCCAAUGUUGAGUAUGAAACUAUCAAUAUGAUGCAGUAAAAAUGGGACAUUUACACCGAUUAGUCCAGUGAGCUCCACAUGAUUCAGUUUCUCCACCAGUCGUCUUAAUUACAAUGUAAUAAGUCCAACCAGAAACCUCUCAUUUAACCUUCAGAGAGCCACUUUCAGCCAUGUGUUUAAAUGAGUCACGUUGACCUCUAGAUGUCACGUGCACAGUUGUACAGCUUUUGUUAUUUUUGCACUAUUUCCAAUACAUGCAUUUUUUAUUCAUUACUUUGUUGACAUUAAAUUCUAAAUUAUACUUUA